ACGAGUGUAAAGUGUAAACAUUGCUUGGGCAUCAUCGCUUGGGCACACUAUUGCCGCUGUGAAAUUAUUUAAUCUCCUACCCUUUUAUCUCAAGAAAGACAAGCAUCUAUAUCGCGGUCAUGGGGCUUUUAACCGCUCAAGCUUCCGUGUUGCUUUCCUUAUUCGUCUGUCAUGUUGGUUCAGUUGGUGAAUUCACUUCGCCGCCUCUUGGUGGUGUUCAGCACGAAAGGCAGUACACAACAAUUCAAAUACCCUGGAAACUCAAUGAUUACGGAGAAUUUAGUUUCAUAAAUUACGCUUACAAGAAAAGCGGUUCACCUGCAGAUCAAUGGAGAGAUAUCUUCAUCGUCAAAUCGGAUGGCAGUGUCAACAUUCCAUCUAACACUGACCAGUUCAAAAACCGACUUGAAUUUAAAGGAGAUUUGAGAAAUAAUUUGAGAAUAGAUGCGACGCUGAUGAUUAAAGAUUUUAUGAAACAGGAUGAAGGGGAUUUUAGGUGCAGCGUAAGAGGUCCCGUUCCUUUAGUUCGGGUGGUCGCAAUCAACGCAGUAGUGCUCUCGAAUAUAACUAAGUUUAAGGCUGUUAAUCCGGAAAAGGACGAUGGCAGUGACGUAGUGCAAAACGACAACAUAACUUUAUCCUGUACAACCACUAUGGGGGAACCAUCACCAACUGUUGAGAUACGAAAAGAUGACAAACGUCUCAACCAUUCAACAGUGAGCAACGCAAGAAAUACAACCCUGCUUUACCAUUUGAAUCCUGUUACGAAAGAUGAUCGUGGGAGCUAUACUUGUCGAGUAAUAACAGAUAAUGACUACAUAUCCGUGAAAAACUUAGUGUUGCAAGUAAAAUAUCCACCGGAAAUUGAUACAACUGUAAAAUCCAAACUUUCCGGAUGCCUUGGGAAACCUUUCUCAAUAGAUUGCACAGCUUCGGGCGACCCAAAGCCUGAUGUCCGUAUUGUUGGCCCAAAUGGAGAAGCCUUAGCGCCUGAGAAGGAAUUCGUUUUAAAGGAUUUUGGAAUUUACAGAUGUGAAGCGAAGAGUAGUUUGGGAAAUGAUUCUCUUAACAUCACCGUUGGUCGUGCGACAAAAAAACCAGAACAGCCGUCAUUUUCUGGAGAAUGUAAGUUUACCAGACUCAGCUGGAAAGAAUCAUCGGACAGAAGUGUGAAAUACACGUUGCAAGUAAGAGAGAUGGGAUCAAGUGGUCCAUGGGGGGAUAUAACAACGUCAUCUGAUACUGCUUACAGUCCGUCGACAAAUAAUUCUCUCAGUAAAAAUAAAGAUUACGAAUUUCGUGUUGUUGCUAAGAAUUGCGUUGGAAGCACAGUAUCUGAAGUAUGCAAUGUUGAAGGUGAAAAUCUUUCGACUGGAGCGCGUUCCAGUGAUAGUAAUACGGGUGUUAUCGCGGGUUCAGUGAUUGGGGUGUUGGUAGUCAUACUUAUUAUUGUCAUUGUCGCAAUCUAUUGCCAUAGGAAAAGAAAGCGAGAAAGCCCCAGUAUAAGAUUGAAGAAAAGCGAACCGAUAACUAAUGUUGCAAAGCCAAAUCCGAAACAAGGUGGAUUAUUGUACAGUGAUUCUCCAAACAUGGAUGCACGUGUUCCACCCCCUGCGGGAUACAGACAAGAUGGCGAUGACGAUGAGGAUGACGAUGAUGAAUUUGAUGAUGAUCAUAACGACGGUUCUACAUUGUCUAACAACGUACCAUCAUGGGUGUGAACAUUUACCAGACAUCUGAACGGAAGCCUGAAGUUUUGCUUUGAUUUUCUUAUGGCAUGAUAUGAUGGUUCAGCGUGCGUUACGUUACAGGGAUGGAGGUCAACUUUAUGCAAGUCGACUGCUGAUAGGAGCGAGCAAAUUAAACUUAGUGUUUUGCUUUUUCUAUAUUACAUCGCACGAUAAUUGUUACUGAAACUUUUUUUGUUACAAGCAUGGAUAUAAUAAUACGUUUAGGUUUAUUUAUAGCAAUAUAGCAUAGGUUCACUAGGUUGUAUAUAUUACUUGUUACUCACGAAGUAUGAGCAUUGGUAAACUAUUUUGAAACCCGGUCAUUGUUAAUCGUGGGCUUUGUGAGUCUAAUUAUUAUUACAUAAUUGCAUGUGGAAACGGUUCGCGUUUUCCACCCUGAUCUCAAAAAACAUUUCCAUCGGAUUGUACGAAUGGUGCAACCAAUGCUAAUUAAUGUUUAUAACGCUGAAAUCACAGCAGUACAGUUAAAAUAUAUAAUGUAGUUGUAGUUGUAGUUUCUUUUUUGAAAUCGUAGAUCUAUUAUCCACUGAUCUGGCAAUAGUAUGCAUACAUUUCCUGCUCAGAAAACAAAUAAUAGGUUGGGUUGACCAUUUUAGUUCCAGAUUAGUGGAAGAAACGAACAAAAAAGAUGCGCGCGAUGCACGUUUUUUCCUGAAAGCCAAAGGAUAAAAUGAUAUAUAUUAGGCACUUUAGGUAGUUAUUAAAGAAAAUACAUGUAUUACUUGAAAUAUCACAAACAUUAUUUUUUAAAAUAGAGAAUGAACCACACUGACUCGUUUUUCGCGGGAAGUUGUAGUA